AUGCCUUUGGUUCGCAGUGAAGAUCUGAACCAUGGAAUGCCUUCUCCCCGACCCCAGCCUGCUUAUAUUUCCAAUUCUGGCUCUACCUCGAGAUCCUCUACUCCUGCUUUCAACAACAGUCCAAAUUCAUCCUCCGAAUCGAGCAAACGACGCAGCACUGCCUCUCUCAGCUCCACUUCUUCUGGGUCUUCCUUGAGCGGGAAACCGCCACCGACAACAGCUUCAACCUCAAAUAGCUUAGCUUCUGCGUCUUGUUCAUCAUGUGGGAAGGCAAUGCAGGGUCCUUUUGUACGGGCUUUGGGAACCGUUUUUCAUUUGAAUUGUUUCAAGUGCUUGGACUGUGGGGACGUCGUUGCAUCCAAAUUCUUUCCCAUCGACGGCCCGGAUGGCAAGCAGCAUCCUCUUUGCGAGCGUGAUUACUUUAAGCGGUUGAAUCUCAUCUGUGCAAAAUGUGGGAUGGCUUUGCGAGGGAGCUAUAUCACGGCCUGCAACAAGAAAUAUCACGUCGAGCAUUUUACCUGCUCGUUAUGUCCUACACUUUUUGGCCCUCAAGACUCCUAUUAUGAGCACGACGGCGAUGUUUACUGUCAUUUUCAUUACUCUUCCCGGUUUGCAACCAAAUGCGCCGGAUGCUCUACUGCGAUCCUCAAGCAAUUCGUCGAAAUCAACAGGAAUAUGCGGGAUGAAUGUUGGCAUCCUGAAUGCUAUAUGAUCAACAAGUUUUGGAAUGUCAAGGUUGUCUCCAGGCGACCAAUGAGCAUUGAGGGAGAAUUAGAGGAGCCGGAGUAUGUGGAAGAGGAGCGAAGAGAGACACCUGCCUCUUUGAAGGAGAAGCAAGUUCGAAUGGAGCAGCAGGUUUAUCGGAUAUGGACCGUUCUGUCAGCAUUUGAGGAAUCCAGCGCAGCUUGUAUCUCUGACAUGCUUCGGCAAGUGAGCAACGGUCAAUACCUCGAUGCCAUCCGUAUGGCAGAGAAGUUCAUCUUGCACGUCGAGGUUCUCUUUGCUUCGAUCGAUGAUCUGGAAUUUCACUUUGCAAGACUUAACUUGAGGGGCAUGGCUCAUGUCCGUGAGGCCCGUAUGCUCUGCCGCAAGACUGUCGAAUUAUUCACCCUUCUGUCGCAUACUCAAGAGUCUGGUUCUCGCAGGAUGGGCAUGACUCAAGAUUUGCUUGCUUUGGUCACGGGUCUCGCCCACUAUCUGAAAAUUCUGAUACGAAUUGCACUAACCGGUGCGCUAAAACUCGAACGCGAAGCUCCUGGACACGCCGGUAAUACCAACGGUGUGAUUUUACGACAGGGCGAGGCAAUGGCUGGAUUCCUAGAUAAACUUCACCUGCUCGCAGUACAGGGUGGGAACCCCUCUGCCCGAAGGAUGAUCAAAGGCCAUAACGGGGAAGUGGUUAUAAAUGGGAACGGGAACAUCGGUACCCAAGGUGUGACGUAUGGGUUUCGAAGCCUGGCGCCAGAAAACGCAGGAGAAUCACCGUUCAGUUCGUCAGGAGCUUCAGGUGCAGAUGGUUCUGGGCAGUUAUCCUCUAGCCACCCGCCGAGCGAUCUUUGCGUUAAAUGUGGAAGCACUGUAGAGGAAGACUGUGUCAGACUUGGUACAUAUCAGAGGUGGCAUUCAAAGUGCGUUGGAUGUAAAGUUUGCGGCAAAGUUGCUGAAGUUCAACCUCCGCCAACGAUCUCCAAGGAUCAAGAGAGAGAGGCCUCCGCGGAUGGCGGCUCGUCAGCUCAAGCACUAAAACUUACAACAGUCAGACGACCUCCUGCGAAUGUUGGGUUGUUCGUUUACGAUCUAGGUUCAAUGCGGGAUACGGCGUCGUUUGGGUCGAUUCCAACCGUAAUAUUGUGUACAGACCAUGCGCAUACUGCCUGUCGAGGAGGCUUCAAAGCUGUGCAAAGGCUUGAGCAAUAUGCUUUUCUCUUAAACGUUGCUUUGCGGAGGUUAUAUCUGCUGCUUAGGAAGCAGGGCGUGGUACCUUUAUCUCCUGAACACACAGCUCCAACACUUACUUCACAAGACCAAUCCUCCGAAAGUGAUCCAUAUCGAAACUCCGGCGACAUAAUGCGUAUGAAGCAGGUACAUCUUGACCGUAAAUUGUCCGCAACUGCUAGGCUUCCGAAAAAGUCUACGAUUGUCGAAAGUCCGGCAGGCCGAAGUGUACAUCCCUCCAAUGUUCUUCAGUCACAGAAAUCACAGGAGGCAACUCAGCCGCAUCAACCGCAUCACCAUCAUCCCCACCACCACCAUGAAGGCCAUCAAGCUUUGCCUGGGCAACAAAACAAGUCACCAAGCAUUCCCCCUCCUCUUACUCCGGGAUACAUACAGCAGCAUUCGGGACGGCCGAAUACACAUCUCGACACACACGAUGGUCAGAGUCAUCUCAUACGACCUGCGUUUGCCAGAAACAACACCGAGGUAAAAAUAAUUGAUGACAGCCAGCCGAGUUCACCGGCAGUAGAUCCAGAGGAACAAGAAGAGAUGCUAAAUAUACCGCCAGCUGAGGAUAGCAUCACAUUAGCAGACAUCGGUCCUCUCAUAGAAGCGGCUCAAGCAAGAGAACAACAACGCUCUCUCCCACGACUGAAUUCCAUUCCCUAUAUAGCGGAGCUCAGUGCUCUGGAACUGGCAAUCGUCAAGUACUCCGCUGUCUUAGUACUUAUGAGGUCCUCACUCAAAGACCAGAUCGAUAUAGAGGAAUUGUUGGAAAUGGUGGAAGCGAAGAAACCCAACCGGUGGAAGGCAUUCCUAGGCAUGGGCGAUAAAAAGAACCAAAAGAAGAAGCCUGGCACGUUUGGCGUUCUCCUCGAGGUACUUGUCGCUCAGGAAGGUGUUGACUCCCUCCUUGGAGCUUCACGAGCUACGUUAAAGGUACCCAGUUUUGUAGACGAUGUCAUUUCCGCGAUGCGACAAAUGGAUAUGUCUGUCGAGGGUAUUUUCCGCAAGAACGGUAAUAUUCGACGACUAGGCCAACUAACGGAGGCAAUUGACAGAGACCCUCUCUCGGUCGAUCUCAGUCAGGACAAUCCCGUCCAGCUUGCAGCGCUGUUGAAAAAAUUCCUGCGAGAAUUGCCAGAACCAUUAAUGACUUUCAAAUUAUAUAAACUUUGGGUUUCGGCACAAGCGCUCAAGAAUGAUGACGAGCGCAAGAGGUUACUACACAUGAUUUCUAUCAUCAUGCCCAAGGCUCACCGAGACACGAUGGAGAUCCUGUUCGUGUUUCUCAAAUGGGUAGCCUCGUUUGCUCACAUGGACGAGGUGACCGGUAGUAAAAUGGAUUUGGGCAACCUUUCGACCGUAAUAUGUCCCAGCAUCCUUUAUCCCCGGCAUGGUACCGUUCGUGACGAAAGCUACAAAACUAUUGAUGUGGUGACAAGCCUGCUGGAAAACCAGGAUGAAUUCUUUUCUGUCCCAGAAGAGUUCUUGCCGAUUCUGCAUGACCAGGAAUAUUUCGUAAAUUCCUUAGAACUCAAUGGCAAGGACUUUAUGAAGAAAUGUGAUACAUAUCAGAAGGUGAAAGCCGGCAAUGGUCGAUUACCAACUCCUGGACCAUAUAACGGUCCAAAUGGCAAUACUCCACGCAUUGGCGCUGGUCCUGCUCCUGGUACUUCACCAGUGGUACCUGAACGUCCUCCUCCUCCCCUUGCUGCACAACGCCCUUACGGGGUUACUCAGCCGAUUCCUUCGUAUCCCUCAUCAUCCUCACAACAUGGUCACAUCGGAAACAUAAACAGUCCGCGAACGCCUCAGCCAGAAGAGUGGUCUUCUCCCCGACCAAUCAACCCUAAUGGACCAUCAACUCCCUCGCGACCUUCCUCCUACAUACAACCUCGGGCCAGCGGCGAGUAUUUCGCUAAUCUCAACCCCAACAACUACACACCAAAUCCGAAUGGAUAUCCGCCAGCCCGUCAACGAACGGGAUGA